GAAACGGCGGAAGAAAAAGGGGAAGAAGAGAGGCGCCCUAGGAGAUCCAUAUGGCUUGUUAUCUAUAAAAAAGUCGAACAGCGAUGGUCCGCAAGCGUCGCCGCAACGAUGACGACGAGGAGGACUUUGCGAGUCUCGAUGCGGCGUCUGAAGAGGAGGACGAGGCACCCGACACCGAGGGAGACGAAGACGACGAUGACGAGGUCAGAAUCUCAGCAAGCACGGCAAUUCAUGUGUAUCUCGUUGCAUGUCUGUGGCUGUGCCAUGACUGUCUGUGAUCAGGAUGAGGAGGAGGAUGACGACGAGGAGUCCGAGGCAGAGCCUGAGAAGAAGGAGCUGCCUGAGCGGGGCACGCGAGGGAAGCGCAUGGUCGCACUCCUCGGCGAAGCACUCGACAAGGACCAACAGGUCAGUCAGUCAGCCAGCCAAAUACCAACACGCCCAUACACUCGUUAACCCCACCCACCCACUGCCUUGUUGCUGUCUGCCUCUCUAUCUGGUUGUGUACGUAUCAGUUUUGGCAGCACGACACUUGGCGGGAGGAGAAUGACGCGGAGGACAGUGAGUACGACAAGAAGGAUGACGAGAAGGAGUUCAAGGAGGACCUCAGCGACAGCGACAUCGACGAGCCCGAAGACGAAGAUGAGGACGAGGACCAGGAGCCCGUCGAGGAGAAGGUCAAGAAGAAGUCCAAGUACGUCGACCCCGCACUCCUCAGGAAGAAAGCCGCCAUGGCCAAGGCAAAACCAAAGCCCAAGGCGCUGGCUAGGGGAGAGAAGAGGAAACCCAAAGCAGGUCAGGGAGGCAAUGCAUGAUAAAGACAGGCAGGCAGAGAGGCAGGCAAUGACGCGUGUGUGUGUGUGUGUGUGUGUGUGCCAGCCCGUGCUGACUCGUCGCAGUCUCAGUCGGACUUGCUGGCGAUGAGUGCGGACCGUGCGAAGCGAGCCACCACCAAGCAGCAGUCAGAACUGCUCAACGAGGAACUCAAAAUGAGAGAGGAGGAACAGGUACACACACACACACACACACGUGCAUCCAUGGCUCUCUCUCUCUCUCUGCGUGUACAAUUGUUGUUUAGAAGUGGCGCACUCGUCGGAAGAAGGUCACUCCCGUGAAGCGUGUGUACGUCCCCACACAGGAGGAGCUGCUGCGGGAGGCCAAGAUCACCGAGGAGUACAACACGGCCUCACUCGAGGCCCUGCGCAGGAUGGUACGCACAGACACAGCAGGGCAGGCCUGCCCAGGCCGGGCACACACCGACACACACUCGGGGAAGAAUGGGCUCUGUUUCUGCACAUGUGUGUUCUGUGUGUCUUAUGUACUGCUGCCUGCAGGAGGAGGUCAAGAAGCAGAAGAUCAUGGCCCAGGCCAAGAAAAAGUAAAUAACCACACACACACACCACACAAACCACAGACGACUGACGAGUGACGCUUGAUUCUCACUUCUUUCUCCCCUCCUCUGCCUGCCUGUCUGCGCUUCAGGCAGCACCGGGGCCCCAAGAUCAUCUUCACAUCGUCCUCCAAGAUCCACCAUGACAGGCGCAAGCCGCACCCCAACACACACAUGGCCAACGGGCCCUCCGCACCGGCAGCGGCACCGGCACCUGCUGCUGCUGCUGCUGCAUCGACGGAGCCCGGUAGCCGCGAGAUAGUGUUCUUCCAGCGGGGAGCGCUGCCCAAGUGGCUGGAUGCCAUCGGUGCACCAACACGUGAGCCAACGAUAGAGAAGGGGAGGGACGGAGGGGGAGAGUGCGUCUUGAUCAUGCGAGCAUCUGUGCCUGUGGGGUGUGCCUGUGGUGGGUGCCUGUGGUGGGUGCCUGUGGUGUGUGUGUGUGUGUGUGUCUUUGUGUGCCCAGAGCCCAAGGCCAAGCGUUGCAAAGUGACAGGUGUGGCGAGAAACAAAUUGUCUGUCUGUGCACUACCGCAGACACGUGUCUGUCUGUGCAUCUGUCUGUUUGUGUGCGCAGGUCGUCCUGCGAGGUACCGUGACCCCAAGACUAAGGAGUAUUUCAGCGACGCGAAGGCCUUCAAGGCCCUGCGCACCCACCACCACCUGCAGGAGGACAAGACCUUCGUCACACAAAUGCUCCACAUACGGGUGGGUCAGCCGACGACCGACAAGCCAGACAUCAGAGACAUCAGACGCACUGUGUGUGUGUUCACACAUUGUGUCUGUCGUCGGUUCUGUUGGCUGCCUGCAGGACUUGAUUGAGGCCAAGCGUAAGGAGGUGCAGCGCUUCGAGGAGAGGCAGGCCGAGCGCAACAGACAGCUGGGCCUCAGCGCAGACGGCCAGAUACAACACCCCAUGGAAGCACCACCACCACCGCCACCACCACCAGCAGCCCCCGUCAUCAAGCAAGACCCCUCGCCCCUCCCCGCCCCUCCCCCUCAGGAAGAGCCCAGCCCCCGCCCUUUUGCCGGCAUGGCACCCAUGCAGACGCAAGCCCAGUACACGCAGCUUCUCCUGCAGCAGCAACAGCAACAGCAGCAGCAGCAGCAGGCCUUCCCUGCCGCUGUUCGUCCACCUUUUGUGCAUCCCUUCCUGGCGAUGGGUGCGGGUGGACCGUUUGCAAUGCGGCCGGUGAUGAGGCGAGAUGCGGCUGGUGCUGGGGGUGGGGGGCAGGGUCAGGCAGGGCUGCGCCAGGGGGUGCAGAAUGGUGGGUUGGGGAUGGGCAUGAGAUGAGACUCAAUUGCUCGGUUCGUUGGUGUGGUUGUCUGUGUUGUGCAUACCGAUCCGUGACCAUCAAGUCGAUGAGAGGCGGGGGCGUGAGUAGCUACUCAAGCCAGGCCCCUCGUCUGCUUGCUGGUCACGGGUCGGAUGCACAACAAAUCAAUGCCGCCACCAGGGUAACACAAAUUGGAGGUCGUCUUCUCUCUGUGAAGCGUCCGUUCGAUUCUCGAGGCGCCCCACGUUCACUCAUCAGCUACUG